GUCCCGACUUGAUUUCCAAACGCCCCCCCUUCCCACGCCGCCAGGCCUGGACGUCGGCUUGCGGCGGACGGGUAUCCAUGUACCCUCCCAUCUCUCAUCGCCGCUCUCCAUCGUGUCGAGGUACCGGCGCCAUGGCCCGCCCCGAAGAAGGGGGCUCCAACAUAUAUCAGUCCCUAUCCGCCCGCUCCCGUUGCCCUCCCGUUUCCCUCCCGUCUUGAAGCCCUGUCAUUAGACGUCUCUUGCAUCUGUCAGCGUGUGAUUCAACAACACGGGUGACUUGUCUCGUCCACUCUGUCGUUGUCUUUAACAAGACCAACACCACUCCCGCCCUGCCUCCCAUCACCCUCCCUCGUCCACUUGACUCAACGACAACAUGGGCUCCCUCGGCUCCGACGCAAAGCUCCCAUGGAGCAAGACGCCCUGCGUCCAGAGCCCCCAGCUCUCCCGGAUCGCGGGCUGGUAAGUGCAAGCACGGGGUCCGAGCCAGGGCCGUCACGCUGACGGCUCCCCGACAGCAACAUCUACCUGAAGCUGGACAACCUCCAGCCCAGCGGCUCCUUCAAGUCGCGAGGAAUCGGUAACCUCAUGACCCGGGCCGCUGCCUCUGCAACUGGAGAUGUUCAUUUUUACUGCUCCUCGGGUGGCAAUGCUGGCCUCGCCUGCGCCACCUCGGCCGUCGCCCUCAACAAGCCCGCCACUAUUGUCAUCCCCAUGACCACGUCCGAUCUCAUGAAGAACAAGCUACUGGAUCUGGGAGUCGAAGUCCACCAGACGGGAAAGAACCUGGCUGCCGCCGACGAGUACCUGCGGACCGAGCUGCUCACAAAGGACCCCCAUGGCGUCUAUGUCCCGCCCUUUGACCACCCCCACGUCUGGGACGGAGCGUCAACCAUCGUGCCGGAGCUGCGGGAUCAGAUGGAUGUGCCGAUGGACGCCAUUGUGUGCAGCGUCGGCGGGGGUGGCCUCUUCAACGGCUUGAUGCAGGGCAUCGAGAGCUACCCCUGGUCCGGCUGCAAGCCCGACGUCGUCUGCGUCGAGACGGCCGGCGCUGACAGCCUCAACGCCUCCCUCCUCGCUCAGUCCCACAUCACCCUCCCGGAGAUUACGUCCAUCGCCACAUCUCUGGGCUGCUCCCGCGUCUCUGCCGAGACGUGGAAGUGGGCGCAGUACCCCAACACGCACAGCCUGGUCGUCUCGGACGCCGACGCCGCCAUCAGCUGCGUCCGUUUCGCCGACGACGCCCGCCACCUCGUCGAGGUCUCGUGCGGCGCCGCGCUGGCCACGGUGUACCGCGGCGACCUGCGGGAGCGGCUGGGCCGGGGCCUGAGUGACGACGAGUGGUCGCAGAAGAACAUUGUUCUCAUUGUCUGCGGCGGGUCUGGCGUCACCCUGGGCAUUCUCGACCAGUACGUCAAGGAGUACGCACACCAGACGGUUAUCAAGGUAUAAGCGGCGGAGCCUGGAGGCACGCCGAUUUUUGAUUUUAACUACGAGCGAUUUGUUUCAUGCAUGGCCCUUGACAAAUUUCCGGGAAAUCUUGGAUAAGAGAUUAAUAAGAAAGAUUCACGACAUGGAGCCCUCGGACGUGUUAUCUGAUGCCCAAGACCAUCGAGGCUAGAUGCUUGCACAUGAUGCUCGCCGCGGCAUUGGCCGAAACGUUUUAAGACGAUGCUGCAGCAGCUGAGCCCUGCAGCCCUGGGCGCGGCCUGCAACUUGAUGCAGCACUUUCACAGCUACAUCGAGUUGGCCUCGUGACACGAGUGCGUCUAUCUAUGGGGAAGAUCGGAUCUGAAGGUCGCCACCAUGUCGGGCAGGAACGGAACACGAUCCGGACAGGGAGGCAUGCGACGAAUCAUGAUGGGAGCGAUAUUCGACUUGCAGCGGCAUCUUUUAUUCUUACGGCGCACAUGGGUUUGAUGGCGGACAAAAGCGCCACCAGUGGCACGACAACGUGCCCGGUUGAUUUUGGGAGAGCGUUCGGGCGGCCGCAGCGGACACGAGGCUGCAGGCUUAUACACGAGCCGGCAAAAGACGACUGCUACGAAGCAGGCACGAACUAGAAUAGAAGGAAUAGAAUUAAC